AUGACAGAAGAAACCAUCGCGAUACCCAUUCAGGAAACAUCCGAUAUAAUACUUAAUCCGGAGGAGGAACGAAUUUUAAAUGAUCAAAUUAGAACGACUGAAAAAAAAGAAUCAUAUUUUACUUUAUAUCGGUUCGCUACAAAAUUUGAUUGGAUGAUUAUGUUUAUUGGAUUAGUAUUUUCAGCGGGUGCAGGUGCUGCCAUGCCUGCAGUAACCAUAGUUUUCGGAAAAAUGAUCGACUCUUUUACUCGAUUUCAACUUCACAUGAUGACCAACGAUGAAUUUUCUGACCAAAUAAAUUCAUACACAUUAAUUUUCGUAUACCUUGCAAUUUUCAUGUUUUUUGCUACGUAUAUAUUUAUUUCUACUUGGUCAUAUACUGGUGAAAGAAUUACUCGACAAAUUCGUGAACGAUAUCUUCGCGCAGUCCUGAGACAAAACAUUGCUUAUUUUGAUAAAUUUGGUGCUGGUGAAGUUACUACUCGUAUUACUUCUGAUACACAUUUGAUACAAGAUGGUAUCAGUGAAAAAGCUUCACUCGUUCUUCAAUAUCUUGCACAAUUCCUUUCAGGAUUCAUCAUCGCAUUUACUAUAAGUUGGAAAAUGACCCUUGUGAUAUGUUGUCUUAUUCCUUAUGUUAUCAUUACUACUGGUGUACUGAAUAAAUUUAGUUCGAUUUUUACGAGAAGAAGUUUGGAAUCCUACUCUCGUGCUGGAAUAAUCGCUGAAGAAUCCAUAUCAACAAUCAGAACUGCAGUGGCCUUUGGUACUCAAAAGAAACUCUCUGACCUUUAUGAUACUUAUUUAAAUGAUGCAAAAAAGGAAGGUUUUAAGAAAGCUUGGUUGAAUGUUUUAAUUGGUUCUCGCGCUCUCAACUAUCUUUCAACCGAUUUACGAGCCUUCAGUUUUGCUUCCGGUGCUGGUUCAAAAAUUUUUGAAACUAUUGAACGUGUUCCUCCAAUCGAU